AUGGCUAAGAGGAUACUCCAGAUCAAUCUAAACCCGUGCCGCGUGGCGCAGGCGCUGGCUAUGCAAAAGGCCUGCGAGAUGCAAGCGGACGCCGUUGCGAUCUGCGAGCAAAAUGCGAAUGAGAAACGUGGGGGCUGGUAUUCUGACUUGAACGGAAAGGCAGCCAUAGUAGUUCCACCAGCAAGCGAGUUUAUGGUGGACGAGGUUGGCCCAGAGAGAACGGGGUACGUGUGGGUGCGCUCCGGCAGUAGGAGACUUUACUCGUGCUAUAUAUCGCCCAACGCGGACUGGACAGAGUUUCGAGACUUCCUGGAGAGUCUUGAGGGGAGCCUGGAAGAUUGGAGAGGAAGAAACACCAUUGUCUGCGGAGACUUCAACGCCAAGUCACCGGAUUGGGGAGCGACGAGAGAAGACAGGAGGGGAGCGGCUUUGUCAGAGAUUGUCAGCCGACUUGAUUGGGCUGUCACAAAUAGGGGCGACUACCCAACCUUCCAGAGGGGCGUGUCGGAGUCAAUACUGGACCUCACCUUCGUGUCAGCCGCGAUGGCCACGAAAAUAAACGGGUGGAGCGUCCUAGAGGACGAAACCCUGGGUGACCAUCUUUAUGUGGCAUUCUGGGUCGACGGGCCCACCUUCGCGGUCACCAGGAAGCGCCGGGAAGGGGGCUGGGCAAUAAAGAUGUGGAAUAAGGAGGCAUUCUCUGACAUCAUUCGGGGGGCAAGCGUGGUGCCCGACUCGGGCACUAUCGAGACUUCAAUGGGGAGAAUGAUGGAAACGGUGACCGCAGCCUUGGACCUGACGGCGCCAUAG